AUGUUACACAAGAAACUUGAAGAAUAUAACAGUGCCUUUGAAAAAAUCAUGGAAGAGCUUGAAGAGCCUGAAAUGCCAGAAGAUCCAAAAAGUUCUGCCCCUGAGGAGUCCAACGAUGAGAAUGAAGCUGACAUUGUUGGUGUCAUACAUUUUGCUUGGCUCAAGCAAGAAGGAUCUACAACACUGAAAUUAUUCCAAUACUUUCUUGUUAUCUAUGAGAAGGAUACUGAUCCAUAUGUCACCGUUGAUGUAUUGAAAAUAAUGUCUGGAUUCGAUCUUAUGACAAAACCGUCUUCAAAAGCACAUUCCGCUCCAUCUAUCUAUGCCAGUAAUUCCCUGUAUGCCAGACCAGCAAUUGAGAAUCCAGUCCCUCUCAUGGUAUUUCCUUACAGCUUACUGAGAAAAUAUCUCGUCACAACAUUUCCACAAAGUCAAACUGAUAUGCUCGGUGAAGCCGACGGGACCUUUGUAAACCAUGCCAAUUCUCUCAUGUUGACAUUGAAUGUAUAUUGGUUUAAGCUGUUUGAAGGACGGAUUUAUACAGGUGGUGCUUUGUACUUACUUAUCAGCAAUUUCCCCAAGGAAGACCAAAUGAGACCAGAAAAUAUUAUCCUCGUUGAUGUCAUGCCUGACUGUUAUGGUAGUAUAGCUGUGAGGACUACCAAGUUCCCUAAUGGUACUACUGUCUAUACUGCUAUCAUGUAUGUCGCUUCCAAGAUAUCUGCUGCUAGAAAUACUGCCGGAUUCACAGAACAUGACAUUAAGAUCAAUUACGUUUGGCAUGUCAAUGAAAACUGGGAAUCACGGACAGAAGAGAUGAUUUCCAUAUAUGACAAUAUGUGGUUUUGCACAGAAUCAGAUGUAGAAAGAGAAAAUUUGGAGAAGCAGAACGGCAUGCAGUUUUCAAAGUUGCAUCGCUUACAUGAUUUGUUUGAAAUACCUUUGUAUUUUUCCGCUGCUGUUAUUGCUCGUAUACAAUGCUUUGCUGAUGAUAUUCCUCUUCCUCCUGAAUAUACCGUCUUAUUCGAAAAAACCAAUCUUGCCAAGACAUGCCGAAAGUUGAAAGGUCCAUUGAACAAGUACUUACAUAUAGACUACGCAGGCCAGCCCCUUGGCGUCGCGCAAGUGCUAUCUGAAUCUCAUCUACUGUGUCUUCAGUGUAUUGAUAAUGAUUAUCCUCCUGCAUUGCCAUUCGACCUCCCAAUGUUCCAGCAAGUCAUCAACAGCCUAUGGUACAAUGUAAUCGGAACUAAGACGUUGCCACCAACUACCAUGCCAUUGAAGUUACAAAAUUUGAAUACGAUGAAGUAUGAUUACUCUUAA